UCCUGCAGCUGCUCCAACGGCGACGCCAACGGUUUUUAGGCGUCCAAGUCAUUUGACUGAUAACAAAAGCAAAACAAAAAUCAUUACCUUAAACAAAUCUUGUUUUUCCCCCACAUAUCGCUUUUCAUUUUAAUAUUAUUGUAAUUUGUAUGCAUUUACAUACAAAAAUCAGCCGUGAUAAUAUGUGUUUGUUUGGUAUAUUUGACUGAUACACCGUUCAGGCACGACCGUGUAAAGCGCGGCUAAGUUUGAAAACAAAACAGCAGAUCAGGAAAUUGUAAUUAGACCGAAGCAGGAUGUCACAGAACGAUGCAUUGCAUUAUUCUGACCUGGAGAACACAGGAGAGGCUCUUAUCGAGCUCAUUGAGAGCAGUAAAGCUGAAGACGACCUAAGGGCAGCACGGAAGAAACAACAGGCACUUUUUGACCACCACAUAGAGGCUAAGAAAACAGUCACAGAGCUCUUAAACAGCUUGGUGCACGCUGAAGAGGUUGUUGGACAGAAGCUUUUGGAUCUGGAGGUUCAGAAGAGCCAGAUGAUGCGGGAGCUGGAGAAAGUGGAGCAGGAAGUUCAGAAGAGCCUGGCCAAGAGCCACACUAUGGACUCAGAGAUACAAUUCCUGCAGAGAGAGCUCGAGAGACUCAAAGACAGUGAGAAGGAAAUUCACGCUCUGCAGCAAGAAGUAGAUGAAGACACAACUGAAGUGAUUCCCUCAGCUAUAUAUUUAGCACAGCUCUACAUUAAGGUUUCCAAAAUUAAAUUGGAGCUGGGUACAGAACCUCACAUAUUACGUGGAGGGAAAUUUGUUUCUUCACAAAAUCCAGCUUGUUAGGAAGUGGUGGUCAUAGUGCAGGGUCAGCCUUGAUACAGUACCUAUGGAGCUGAGUGGGAUCAGGGACUUGUUCAAGAGCCUAACAGUGGCAGAUUGGCAGUGUUGGGGCUUGAACCCCUGAUCUUCAUAUAGAGAUCUAUUUACUCUAUAUAACAUAAGCAGCAGUUUAAAAAAACCUCUGGAUUACUAAUAAGAAGAUAACGGAGACUCAUUCAUUUUCUACCGCUUAUCUGAACUACCUCGGGUCACGGGGAGCCUGUGCCUAUCUCAACCAUCAUUGGGCAUUAAGGCAGGAUACAUCCUGGAUGGAGUGCCAACCCAUAGCAGGGCACACACACUCUCAUUCACUCACGCAAUUAUGAAGAUAAUCAAAUUCAAAUUAUUGUGAAUAUUUCAGACAUUAUUGCAUUAAGUCUGUAAUGGCUGUAAUGGUGAUUUUAGCCCUUGUAGAAGAGGCUCUGUAGUGUGUGAGUAGUCUGUCUCCUAUCAUGUAAAUCAUGUGUGUGUUUGUGUGUGUAUACUGAACAAGGUGGGAUGUGGCGUCAGAUACCAGAGAUACCAGAAUGCAUAAUUGCCUCCCAAACUCUCUUAAAAAUGGACUAACUUUUAUUUACUUAAUUAUUGCAUUUAUUUUGACAUAAAUGUAAUUUAUUUUAGGCAGUAAAUUCUUCAGGGGGAAAAUGUAAUGCAUUGCUAAUGAUCUUAGCUCAGUUUGGCUUAUGCUACAUAAAUGCUUGCAGCUGUAAUAUAAUCAUUUCUUAUUAUUUUGGUGAAUUGGCUGAGAAUUGAGAAAAUACAUUUUUAUGGUUAAACACUUACUAUAUCAGCUGUAAUUACUCCAGCUUAUUCUUAACAUUGCCAUAUUAGCUGUUUUCAUUCACAACUUAUUCACAAGAGGGUGCUGUGGACGAGGAAGAUCUCAAGUUAAACUGCAACAAUAAAUAUUCCUUUAACGUCAGUUCCUCUAAGUCAGUCGAAAUGUGUGAAGUUAUUGAUAAAUAUCUGCAUCAUAACAUGACAGUAAUGUAUUUUUUACCUAAGCUCUUUGGAAUCUAGCAUCUGAUUGGUUAGAAGGGGAUUUGGGGACUUUGUACUUUUUACUUUCUCAGUAACAUGACAAGCUGCAUGUUUUUUCUGUCUGAGCAACCUCAAAAGUGCAGAAGGGCAGUCUGUUGAGGGGAUUGUUGUUUAAAUCUGGUUGUUUUAUAACACGUUUUACAGGCAUUCUACAUUCAAUGAAGCUAUGAAUGUAUAAUAUUAUACUCAUUAUACUUCUACAUUAUAUUACACUUAAGAUAUGUUAAGAAAUAAAAAUCUUCCACUUUCACUUUGUUCUGCUAUUAGAAAAUAAUCAUCUUCAGGGUAGUGACAGUAACUCUGUUAAAAAAAAAGUUAAAAAACUUUGCAUCUGAUCACAUUACACCAGCCUGUCAUAGGUUACUUUCUAAUAAAAGCAAAUCCUGACGUGUUCUGUUACUUGCUUAUAAUAAUAAUUGAAAUAAUUUUGCAAUUAUUUUUCC